UGGCGGUUUCGUGCUAAAGUGCAUUUAUUCUGUUUUAUCUGUUGGUCCCAUCCCCAAUCACAUUGCCUUCAUCAUGGAUGGGAACCGUAGAUAUGCAAAGAAGAGGAAUAUGGCUGAAGGUGCAGGCCACAAAGCCGGGAUGUUGGCUCUCAAGUAUAUGGUCGGGUACUGCUGUGAGUUGGGAGUAAAAUACGUGACAAUCUAUGCCUUCAGCAUUGAGAAUUUCAAGAGACAACCUGAAGAAGUCGAGGCCCUGAUGGACUUGAUCCUGAAAAAGAUUGAAGGGUUGAUGAAGGAAGAUAGUUGUGCGAACCGCUAUGGGUUGAGGGUUCAUUUUGCUGGAAAUCUAACGCUCUUGAGUGAACGUAUCAGGGAGGCAUCCAAGAAGGCUAUGGAGGCCACUGCGGCCAACUCCAAAGCAGUGCUCUCUAUCUGUGUUGCCUAUACAUCUACUGAUGAGAUAGCAAAUGCUGUUCAACAAUCAUGUAAAGAAAAAUGUGACAAAAUUGCUGGUUAUGGUUCAAAUGGACUUGUUGGAGGGAAUGAAGAGUACUGCCAUGGUCAGAACAGUAUCAAAGUGGUGGACAUGGAGAAGCAUAUGUAUAUGGCAAUUGCACCUGAUCCAGACAUCUUAAUCCGAACUUCAGGUGAGACCCGCCUGAGCAACUUCCUUUUAUGGCAAACUGCAUAUUGUUAUAUAUAUUCUCCUUCUGCGCUUUGGCCAGAGAUUGGGUUACGGCACCUGGUUUGGGCAAUCCUGAAUUUCCAAAGUACCCACUUUUAUGUGGAGAAAAAGAAGAAGCAACAUUAG